GGAGAGGCAGGGGCGAAACCCGUUUGCGGACCUAAUCCAAAAUCGGGGGAAAGAUCAGCGUGUCUCGGGGAGCGGAGAGCAGGCUUUACAGGGCUCUAUCCUUCGGAGAGCCUCUUCAAAGUUUCUCCUGACGAGGAAGGCUCCCUCGCUGUGUUUCAGCCUGAGACCCUGGCAUGAUCUCUCCUGGAGGGAGGGCUGGGCCCGGGAGACAGUGUCGCAACCGCAUGCAUCCAAACGUUGUCCUUUGCAAUAGCCUUUCCCCAGGCUGUGGGGUGGGACAGGGCGGCUGAGAGGCGCUCCUGAGAUUCCCCUCCCCUGGAGAGGGAAGGUUGGGGUGGGAGAGGGAGUUGUAUGUAUUUGUCUCUCUCUCAGGACACAGUUCUUGAUCAUCUUGAUUUUCGGAGAGAGACACCCCAAACUGUCCCAGCCGCUGGGCGAGGGCAGCGCCUGCUACUGUAACCUCUCCCUCCGGGGGCAGGAAUUGUCCGCUGCGCCUUUAACUGGGGUCGUUACACCGGCGGCCGAGCUGCAGGAAGCAGCAGCAGCAGCGCGUGGUGCCCUGUCGGCUGCUCCCCUCCGGCUCCCGGCGCUGCAGCCUGAACCCCGGGAGAGGUGCCGCUAGAGGCAGCCGAAGGAAACAAAUGUGGCCACGGAGCGCAAGACGCCUUGUCUCCCCGUGCGCUAGGAGAGCUCCAGCGGCGAGCCGCUAGGGCGCAGCCGGCUUGGAGAGCGGCGGCCUCGGGCAGGUGCGGGACUCGGUGCUCAGCUGGAGGAGCCGAGGCGCCCGGGGAGAUGGCGAAAGCCUCACGCCCAGCUGGUCCUCGCAGAUUCAGUGGCGCCCAGUGGCACAUGCAGAACAUCAUUAAUGACUCUGUGGAGAGCUCAGACGAUGAAUUUUUUGAUGCCCGAGAGGAGGUGGUGGAAGGGAAAAGUGCCAUUCUCAUCGGAAUGAGCCAGUGGAACUCCAAUGACUUGGUAGAGCAGAUCGAAACAAUUGGGAAGCUGGAAGAGAAUCAAGCAGGUGAAGAAUCUGCGGUUUGCUCGUCUGGAUUUCUCCAGGAAAAGCAACGUGAAUUAUAUAGAGCCUCUUUGAGAAAACAAAGAUUCCCUGCACAAGGCAGCAUUGAAAUACAUGAGGACAAUGAGGAAGGAGCUCAGCACAGGAACUGUAAAACUCACGUCCUUAUUCUUGUCCUACAUGGGGGCAACAUCUUAGAUACAGGAGGAGGGGACCAGAACUGCAAGAUGGCUGACAUCAACACCUUCAGUUCCGUGUUUGAGAAGGUGACCCGAGCCCAUUUCCCUGCUGCGCUGGGCCACAUCUUAAUCAGGCUUGUCCACUGCCCAGCCAUCUGUUUGGAGGCUUUCUCUCUUGUUUCUAACCUGAAUCCCUACAGCUAUGAUGAGAACUGCCUGAGCAGUAGUGAAGACCACAUCCCACUGGCUGCCUUGCCCUUGCUGGCCAUUUCCUCCCCUCAGUACCAGGAUGCAGUUGCCAUGGUGAUUAGCAGAGCCAACCAAGUUUACAAUGAAUUUCUCAAGUCUCCAGAUGGGACUGGUUUUAAUGGACAGGUGUGCCUCAUCGGUGACUGUGUUGGAGGAAUUCUGGGGUUUGACGCCAUCUGCUACAGUGCUGGCACUGCGGGUGAGAGUCAGAACAGUAGCAGGAGAGGGAGCCUCGGCAGCAUGCAGGAUAAUCCCCUCUUAGCAGAGGAUUCCAGUCUGGGUGGCAGCAAACGCCUAAGCAAAAGUAAUAUAGACAUUUCGGGAACCAUGGAGGAUGAGGAGCCAAGGCAACCGUUGCCAAGGAAACAGAGCGACUCAUCCACUUAUGACUGUGAUACUAUAUCCCAACACCAUGCUUUCCUGUCUAGUAUCCACGCGAGUGUUAUGAAGAACGAUGCAGACUUUCCUCCUAUGAGCAGCUCCAGUUUCUCAGAAGUAAACCUGGGACGGUUUGAAUUUGAAGUUUCAGAUUUCUUCCUGUUUGGAUCACCCCUUGGUUUAGUACUGGCCAUGAGGAGUACUGUUCUGCCUGGACUGGACGUGUGCCAGGUCCGUCCAGCUUGCAGCCAAGUGUACAGUUUCUUUCACUCUGCUGAUCCCUCUGCCUCCAGGCUUGAGCCAUUGUUGGAGAAAAAAUUCCACCUCUUGCCUCCAUUUAACGUCCCAAGGUACCAGAGAUUUCCACUGGGAGAUGGAAGAUCGCACCAGUUAGCCGACACUCUUCACAACCAGAGCGCCCUGUUUCUUGAGAACAUCUCCAGGGUCACACCCUCCUCUCCAGAGACUCCAGAAUCUCCAGACACGCUGAGUGAGUCACAAGGAAAGACAAGGAGGACAAGCUUGGUCAGCACGAACAGCGAAACCUCCGGGUCGACCGAGAGCUUGCCAUCAGCAAACAUCUCCAGUAUUACUGGCAAAUGGUGGGGAACAAAGAGAAUAGAUUACGCCCUGUACUGCCCAGAUGUUUUAACAGCAUUCCCAACAGUGGCCCUGCCCCAUCUCUUCCACGCCAGCUACUGGGAAUCAACUGACGUAGUGGCAUUCAUUUUAAGACAGGUGAUGAGGUAUGAAAAUGUGAAUGUCAAGGAAAAUGACAGCUUGGACCCUGCAACACUAAGCCCCUCCAAUCCACGAGAGAAAUGGCUACGCAAGAGGACACACGUCAAGCUCAGAAAUGUAACUGCCAAUCACAGAGCAAAUGACGUCAUUGCAGCCGAAGAUGGUCCUCAGAUACUGGUUGGGCGGUUUAUGUAUGGUCCCCUGGAUAUGGUCGCUUUAACAGGUGAAAAGGUUGAUAUCCUUAUUAUGACUGAACCCUCUUCGGGCAGGUGGGUGUAUUUCGACACAGAGAUCACCAAUAGCAGUGGCAGGAUAUCCUACAACAUACCCAAACAGAAGAGGCUUAGAGUUGGCGUGUAUCCGAUCAAAAUGGUGGUUAGGGGCGACCAGAGCAAUGCACUCUGCUACCUGACUGUGCUUCCCCCGGGAAUGGAGUGUGUGGUGUUUAGCAUUGAUGGCUCCUUUGCAGCGAGUGUCUCAAUCAUGGGUAGUGACCCCAAAGUCCGAGCUGGGGCAGUCGACGUUGUCCGCCACUGGCAGGAUCUGGGAUAUCUGAUCAUCUAUAUCACUGGCCGUCCUGAUAUGCAAAAGCAGAGAGUGGUCUCAUGGUUAUCUCAGCACAACUUUCCUCAAGGGAUGAUUUUCUUCUCGGAUGGGCUUGUUCAUGACCCACUACGACAAAAGACUAUUUUCCUCCGGAAUCUAAUGCAAGAGUGCUACAUCAAAAUUUGUGCUGCGUAUGGCUCAAUGAAGGAUAUUUCCGUGUACAAUGUUUUGGGUCUGUCGCCUUCCCAGAUCUACAUAGUUGGACGUCCAACAAAGAAAUACCAGACUCAAUGUCAGUUCCUCAGUGAAGGUUAUGCGGCACACUUAGCCUUGCUGGAAUUCAGUCUCCAUUCACGGCCCAAGAAGAACAACUCCCGGAUGAUCUUGAGGAAAGGAAGCUUUGGCCUGCACUCCCAGCCCGAGUUUCUGCGGAAACGGACUCACCUUCGCAGAACUAUGUCUGUGCAGCAGCCUGACCCACCUUCGUCAAACCCCAAACCAGAGCGUGCCCAGAGCCAGCCUGAAUCAGACAAAGAUCAUGACAGGCACCUGCCCCCUAUAGCCUGGGUUCGAGGUGGGGUCCAUAAAUUUGAGUCUGCGCCUUAGGAAGCAUUGAGGUGUAAGUCUUGGGUGCCGGCCAAUCAAGCUGUAGGCAUGAGGUAGGACACAUAACCAGAGCCUUCCUUGCUCUGGAAUCUGCCUUCUCAAACCAAGUAGGGAACUUUGUUUGUUCCUCUUAACAUACCUAUUAUAAAACUUUAAAUCCAGAUCUAAAACUAUCGCAAGUGCUUAACAUCAAAACUGCAAAAUAGGUCUUAGAAUUUUUUUUUACAAGACACAUUAUAAAAUGUACAAUAAGAGAAAAGCUUUAACAGAUUGAUUUUACUCAAGGGAAGAUGCUUAAAGGAGUGACAUCAGCUAAUUAGUAGCACCUUAAAAAAAAAGCAUAAGCAGGUAAAAUGAGUGAAAGAGAAGGGUUACAUUUUAAAACCCUAAUGGCUGUAUCAGUUGCUGCUAUACUCCUGAGAAAGUGUUUACACAGAAGGGAAGUGCAGGUGGAGUGGAAGGCAAACUCUUUGGGUACCUUAAACCCAAGAAAAUUUCCUUUGGCUUGCGGUGUUGAUGAAUAUGCAUCAGCUCAAGUUCUGAUCCAUACAUCUUAUAAGUGAGGUAGCUAGACUUAAAAUAUACACUAGAGAAAUCUACUUAUGAACCAAAUCAAACACCUGAUGUUUAAAAAAAUAAAAUGUCUCUGCAGUCUGAAGCACUGAUAGUGUUGCUAUAUACAAAAAUCACUUUUUUUGGAGCUUGUUGACUGUACAAAUGUUUGAAUUCCUUCAAGCAACAAGAUGGGUUUGACCCUUUAGAUAUAAGACAUGGAUCCUACAUAGGUCAGCUAGAGGAAUCCCUCUUCUGUAGCGUCUCCAGAAUUUUACAAUGGAUGAAAAUGAGUGAUAAAAUCAUAACCGGUUUUAUAUUGGUAAUUUUUCUCUUAGCAUAUUGUUUUUCAAACAGCAGUGACAUGAAAGUGUAGUGCAGUUUCUGUUAAAACAAUCUUACUGUAUUUAAAAUACUCACAUUUAAGCUUCAUAGAAACUAGAUGCUAUGAAAUUGCAGCUGCUAGUUAAAAGUACUCAUUUUCUAAUUAUCGAAAAAUUCCAUUUAGAUGUUCUCAGCUCAGUUAGAAGGAUCUACUGGAGGCAACUGUGUGGGAAUCUCCCUAAAUGUUCACAUUUCAGAGGUAAAUUUUGUAGUCGUUUUAGGAUAGAAGCAAAGAGCCAGAUCCUGCAAAUUCUUACUCAGUGAUAACUCCUACUGAGCUGAAUUCAGUGGAAAAACUAAAACUUGGUUGUAAGUGCUCAGGAACACCACCUCUUACAGGAUUAAACACUGG